CCGCUCAUAGUAAUGCCACGGCACAUUCAAGAACAGCAACAGCAACAGCAACAACAAAUGCAAGAGUUUUACAUGGAAGAAUUGUCGAACAAAUUGUCAAAGUUACGAAUCGAUCCCCUCCUUCGUAUAAGUUCUGAAAAUCAGGGAUAUCAUAACGACGUUUUCGUAAUGACCUAUUCGCAGGAAAAUGAGAACGACAAUAAUUACAACGAGUAUCAUCUGCCGCCAAUCUUCCCGUUUCGAUACGAAAGGCCGAUGUGCUCCCGUUCUCUUAGUAUUACUGAUGUCACUUAUGAUUCCGGUAACAAUAACAGCAACAGCAGCAGCAGUAACAGCAACAAAACGGAUAAUAACAACGCGAUUGUCGCUACUAACAAUUAUGAUGAAAAUGAUUACGAUGACGUGGAGGACGAGAGUCCUAGAAAGGGACUAUUGAAGCAAAUAUUUUGCCUUCCAUUAAAUUAAGAUCGUUAUACACACAUACACAUAAAAAUGGGGCGGUGGGGGGCUGCGUUUUUAAAAUGAAAUAAAAGAAAGAGAAGAUAAAAAAUAAAAAUACAAAAAAUAAUAUAAAAAGAAAGAAGGAAGAAAUAUUCGCUUCCCGGUAUUAUUAUAAUAAUAUGAUAAACGAUGAUCAAUUAUAUCCAUCGUCAUUUUUUUUUUAUAAACAAAGACAGAUAUGAGAUUUGAGGCCUACGACAAUGUUGCGAACUUUUAUCAAAGUUCUCUCGUCUGACUUCUGUCAAAGUAGACGAGCGCAUUCGAAUUUGUCAUACGUUCAUAUAUAUAUAUAUAUAUAUAUACACACAUAUGUGAUAUAUGCUUUCAUAUAUAUAUAUACUUACACAUUAUAGGAAUUGUACCCUUACUUUAAUUCUCUUGACAUGGUGCUGCAAUAUGAAUUUAUUCUAUUAACGUCUAACGUUAUUUUCAGCUACUUUUAAUGCUGGGAAAUGUGGUUAAAGAAAAACAUUAAAGAAGAAGUAGUAGAAGAUGAUGAUGAUUAUGAUGGCGAUGACGAUGAUGACGGUAAUGAUGAUAAUGAUAAUGAUGAUGAUGAUAAUGAUGAUAAUGAUGAUGAUGAUGAUGAUGAUGAUGGCGAUGAUGACAACGAUGACAACGAUGGUGAUGACGAUGAUGACGAGCAGGAAGGGGAGGUGGUGAAAGGAGAGAAGAAGAAGGAGGAAGAAG